AAAUAGUGGAUGUGAGGGUCUAGUAACCGACACGUGGCGCACUUAGUCUUUUAACACUACCAAACAUUGUUUAUAUUUCAAUAUACUUCGGUCCAGCACCAACAAAUUCAGUUACCAAAAGCUGAAUCACGAUCCAGAAGCAGAGGUGAAAUUUAACCUUUGGGGGUCUCACAUCAAUGGUGACUGAUGACAUUUCCAGUGGAGAAACGGAGAGAUAGAAAGCUUUAGUAGCCCCUUAUAAUAAAGGGUGCAACCUGAAUGUGAAGCCUGCAGGAUGGGAGUUUUCAAUAGGCAGGACAUAUGCCAGAAUGAACUCAUAUGACAAGUGAUUGAAAACUGCAUCUCUUUUUUGAAAGGUUCUCACUUUCUCCGAAACUUCUAUUCUGAAACAGAAUUUCAUAAUUUCAGCCGAAACAAUAGACCUCCACACGAAGCCACGCAAGAACUGAUCAAAAGACGCACCCCGUUGUUAAGGCGACAUCGCGUUGAAUCGUCGGUCAACUGGUAUCAGCUUCUCUCGCUUCUCGCUAGCCACUCCUACCCCAUAAACCCCGUUCCACAUUCCUCGAUGAUAAAGGUAUCCGAUAUUGAACUUUGGAUCAUGGGAUAUGAGUUACAAAUUGUAGUAGUUGAGAACUGGUCUAAGAUUCUCAUUUUACACAACGGAAAGAUGAACAUAUAAAUGAGGGUGCGCGAUUUUAUUUCCUUCUUGUUUCGUCGAUCUUCAAUCUCAUCCCUAAAUUCGUUCCUCGUUGCGACACUUUUAUUUAACACUCACUCUCCACAACAAAAUCAUAGGAGGGUAGGUGUCCAAAUGCCAUUCCAUCAGAUUUUACACGUCGAAGAGCUACAGAUUUCUUCGUGCGCGUCAUCUUGAAGCACAUCCGCCGGGGUAUUACGCUCUCUUUCCUCGACCUCUAAAUUCAAAUACCUGGCUUUGAAUUCCAUCUUCCGUUCUUGUAUUCGCUCUCUUUGGCCUUUUGUUUUUCACACUAUCCCCUUAGAAUGUGCAUCCGCCACAUCCAGCCCUUCCCUUCGCCUCAUUGUCAAUCCCAAUUCGUCCCCUUGCAACUCAUACACCCACCAAGACACGUCUUUCUGAAGGAAAUAGAUUUUUGUUCAGGAUACGAUAUGUCGAACUAUUUAACAUGCCCAAGAGGAUUAGAGGAAGUUGUUUGGGAGAUCUGGCCAAUGAAGCAGGCUUGUUGCGAUUGUGAAAUGGAAUUGGGAGAAGGCAUGGGGAGAUUGAGUUUGUGAUGAUGGCAUUGGGAGAGUGGUGAUGUGAAACGGGAGGAAGACCGAGUCUGACUCUAUCAAGCUUGUGCGUCACCGAUUCAACCGAGCCAUCUCCUUACCCCCUUUCCUCGUUCUCUCUUCAUAUACUCGAGUAAUAGUGCGCGGAGUUUGGACUAAGAUUGUUUGUAAUGCGGCAUGCUUUAACAGGGGUUAUGGGUUUUAUUAUUCUUAAGUUUUUCUACUACUAAAUCAACUCUGCUGGAACGGAAUUGGUUAUCUCGGUCUUUACAUCGUAUGUUUUUUACGGCUUGGAUGAAUGGAUAUGGAAUUUGGACAGGGAAUGAGUUGGUAAUACCGGUGCAAUACGAACGGAUCGUUAGGAAUUAAUGGCAGGUAGGCAUGGA